AUGAAAAUUUUAAUAGUUAAUGGGUAUGGAAAAUGUAUCAAAGGAUUUAGAAGUUUAGAACAUUAUUAACAAAUAAUAAAAGAAGUACUAAUCUAAAUAUAAUAUAUAGGUAUUGACUGGAAAAAAAGAGAUGAUAGAUACAGAAUUGGAAUUCUUCUUUGCUGAUCGAGAUUCAAUAGAUGACUUUCUUUAUGAGAUUGACAGUUCUUUUGUUAGAGUUGAAUGUGGAAAGAUGUUUGAUUCAAUUGAUUUAAUCUUUUUUGAAGGAGAUGCAAAUCUUAGACCUUGGUCUCCUAAUGCUUACAAGUACUUGAUUUUGUUAAGGAUGUGUAUGCGAAGUAAUAAGAUUCUAUUUGCCUCAUCAUUUGCCAUGUAAGGCUUAGUCUUUUUGAUUGCAUCUAAUGUUGAAUGUGUACAAACUUACCCCUACUUUAGUAAUUCUCUGUGAUUAAUGGACUUAAUGGUGGAUAAUUGGGAGAUCUUUCUAAAAUGAAGAAACCUCUUAAUGAAAUAAGAAUGUCUGAUUUCUUUCUUGAUAAUGUAACUGGUGAUUUGUACAGUUUCAAUUAUGAUACUGAAGAAUGGAUAAGCAAGGGAAAUGCAGGUUUACAUAGUAGAAGAGCAGCUGAAGAAUUUAAAACAAUUGGCAAAUAUAUUGUAAAGGCUCCACAAUAUAAAGUAUCAAGAAUGAAAGAAAUUGAUUAACUUUAUUUUUCAAAAGAAACUGAGAUCGUUUGUUCUUUAAGAAAGAAUUCUAUGCAUAAUUAUUUAUUUAAUGGUUUGCCAUUUGAAUUUGUGGUUCCAUUUAAGAAUUCAUGGGAUGUUCAUCCAUUUAAUUUUGUAAAUCCAAAGAAGACAUUUCAAACUUUGGCUGAUUGUGAAAAAGGUUUAACUACUUAAUUUAUUAAUAGGACCACUAAUAAUUUAAGUUUCAGACAAUAUUAUAGCAACUUAAUUCUCUAUACGUUCUAAGUACAAGGAAACAGUUUAAAUAAUGCGUAAUUUUAUGGGAUAUUAAUUAAGUAUAUUAUAUUAAUAGUUUAUAAUAGCGAAAUUAUGUUCUGGAAGGGCAUAAACAAUUCCUAUUGAAAUUGCUUCAAUUAAAUAGAAUGAUAAUGCUAUGGAUAUUUAUUUGGAACAUUUAGGUCGUAGUAAAUAUCAUAAUUAAAAAACCAUUAAAUUUAAUGUUAUUACAGAAUUUCAUCAUGCAGGAUUUGCUGCUAAGAAAUCUAAUCAAUUAGAUGUUGUAGUAAAUAAUGCUAUUGGAAAAAGAAAAUUUAAAUAAACAAUUUAAAAAUUGAAUCCAAAAGAGUUAGACAGAUUAUUAGAAUAAGUAAAUAUAAAAAUUAUUAGUAAUUAGAAUUCUUCGAUUUCAUAUCAACCUUUUUUAGUUGAUAAAAAUCAUUAACCAAGUAUUUAUAGUAUAUAGCCAUAACAUAAUGUUGAAGAAUAAACAUUGAUAUUCAAUAAAACAGGUGCUGAGAUUAUUUAAUUUCUCCAUCCAUCUAUUGAUAAAAAUAUUUUUCCUAAUGCAAAACCUCUCUGGGUUCCUGGCUACUUGUCUCAAAGUCGAUUGCAAAAAAGUUAAUUAAAAUAAACCCAAAAUACAACUGGGGAAGAGGUUUAAUCGACUCCUUUCUUAACAGAGUAAAAGUAGAUUAUUACUCCCAAGAUACCUAGAACUGCUUCAUAACCUAAUUUUAGAGUGAUAUAAAAAGAUAAAUGGAUAACAAAUAAGAAUUUUAAAGUCUGA